AAACACGGCGUCGUGGGCACAUUUAUUUAUUUAUGAUUUAUAAAAUUAAAAUAUGGAGGAAAUUUGCCGCCUUUGCUGCUCAACGAAGUUCGUUAAUAACCAUAUUUUUGACGAGGAAAAUGCGUUAUUCAUAAAAAUGUCCUUAUACUUACCAAUCAAGCUACAUAAAGGAGAUCAGUUACCUCAGCGAGUAUGUGACAAGUGUAGUUGUAAAGUAAACGACUUUUAUCAAUUUUGCAACGAAGCUAUUGAGGCACAAAACAGGUUAAAAAUAAUAUAUGCAUACGAGAGCAAACAACCAGUAGAAUCUAUAGAUCUUACUAUUAUUAAAAAAGACCCAAGCUCCCCGCCUCUGCAUUGUGAUAAAAGCACACAGACAGCAGAAGAAAAAAGCAAUCUGUCUCUUCCCAGUAUUAAAGAGGAACCAAAACAGCACAGUCUGUCCAUAGUCAAACAGGAGUUAUCGGAUGAUGAUUUCUUGCCAGAUCUAAAUUCAGACAGCUCGAACAGUGAAGAUGAAGUUCUAAGUAAGAUAAAACAUAAUAAACAUUUACACAAUCCUAAAAAUAAGUCUCUCGCAAAUGGUAUCGCUUCUAAUGUAAAGAAAACAAAUAAAAUCCCAACAAAUGAUUGGACAAAAGGUUUCGCUGGGAAGUUGUUGGCAGAGAACAAUGUUAAUUUGUUACAAAGUGAUGGCCAAGUUAAUCUUAAUGUAGUCAAACAUGAGCUGUAUGAAGUGAAGCCGCAAGAUCUGGGUUUGGAUUUUAACGUCCUAGAUGAUAUCAGUCAAAAUGUAUUCUACUGCUGCAUAUGUUUCAUACAAAUGGAGAACAAAAUAGACAUGCUUAAUCAUUACAAGGUGCAUGUAAGCAAAGCGGAGUUACAAAUGGAACCCCCUCCAGCGCCACCUCUACCUGACGAACCACCAUUCCGUUGCACAAGGUGUAAAAAGAUAGUGGACAAAGGGAGCACAUGGGCGGCACACUGGAAGCGGCAUUGGGCACGAGACAACCGCCCCUAUCGCUGCACUCUGUGCGAGAAGACCUUCAGAGACCACAAGCAGAUCUUCAAACACGGUCUGACACACAAGGCCGGCGAGAGGACCAGCGCUGUGCAGAAUCGCUAUGUUUGCGAUACUUGUCCCGAGUCGUUUGUGUACAUGAAAUGUCUGCUAGCGCACCGCACGCGCGCUCACCCCGAAGCCGCAACCCGUCCGCUCCAACUACGCUGCACAGUGUGCGCUCGCGUGUUCGCACACAUUAACUCCCUGCGACGACACCAGAGGUCGCACACAGGGGAACGAAACCAUCUCUGCAAUGUUUGCGGCAAAGCGCUAUCGUCGAGAGAGCAUCUGAAGUUCCACAUACGUAUACAUACUGGAUACAAGCCCAAUGUGUGCGGGGUUUGCGGCAAAGGUUUCGUGAAGAAGUGCAACCUAACGCUACACGAGCGCGUGCACUCCGGCGAGAAGCCGCACGUGUGCUCGCACUGUGGCAAGGCCUUCUCGCAGCGGUCCACGCUCGUCAUACACGAGAGGUACCACAGCGGCGCGCGGCCGUACGUGUGCUCCGUGUGCGGGCGCGGGUUCGUCGCGAAGGGCCUGCUGUCCAUGCACCUCAAGACCGCCUGCGUCGACCACCCCCCACCCAUUGACAAGAUGAGUUCCAGAUCGUAAUUUAGUGAAGCUGUAGCCAAAUAUUGAGCAUAUCUGUGUUAUUGUUGUAUGAUAGUAGAUAAUGUGAAGGCUGGGACCACACUACCGGUAAAAGUAUGACUUCUGAAUAAAAUGCACAAACGCUAGUCGGUCCUAUGCCUUAUAAACGUAUCUAGUUAAGUUAUCACAAAAACUAGUAAAAAAAUAAUUCGGAUUGAAAGAGUCACAAAGGCCUCUGAUAUAAUACAUAUAAAAACCUACAAUCCUUGUCGGUCUGUUUUUAAAGC